AUGGAGAGACCCAGAUACUCAAGAAAACUCUCAUCUAACUCUGUGCAUCGUAGACGAUCAACCUCGAGAAAGGCAAGACGCAGGCGAUCGUCUUCGUCUCAUUCUGGGGUGCGACCUCUUUCUGCGGAUUUCUCAUUCGCUGACGACUCCAAUCUCGACCCAGAAUUCUACGAGAGUAAAGCCACACUUGACAAUACUCUUCCUCUUGACUAUUUCAAACAGGACGUUCUUGCUGUGAUACAAAACCUCCGAAUACCCAAAUGGCGCAAGAUCCCUCUCACCGGCGCUUCUCUUCAAAAUCUCGAGCUACAACGUAUAAGCGGUGCGCUGACAAAUUGUGUCUAUAAGGUGACCUAUAAGAACCUGUAUCCGCUUCUUCUAAGACUCUAUGGUGCCAAUGUCGACAACAUUAUUGACAGAAAGAGCGAGCUCUUGACUUUGCAACGGCUUUCCCAAAGAAAUAUAGGCCCUAAGCUCCUGGGCUGUUUUUCCAAUGGCAGGUUCGAGGAAUUCUUGAACAAUUCCAUCACCCUCAACAAGGAGCAAAUCAGAGAACCGAAAGUGAGCCGGAUGAUUGCCAGAAGAAUGAAAGAGCUGCAUUAUGGCGUUCCCUUGGAAUCUGACGAGAAACUCCAGGGCCCCAAAGUGUGGAAUUUAAUCAGCAAGUGGGCCCAUUUAGUGGACGAGAUGGAAUCUAGUGCCACCCAAGAUGACCAAAUAAAGGUUUUCAUGUGCACUUGGGCACACUUCAAGCAAAUUGUCGCCAGAUACCAAGAGUGGCUUUAUCACCAAUACGGCGGACGAAUGAAUGUUGAUGAGAAGCUGAAAUUCUGCCACAACGACACUCAGUAUGGCAAUCUGCUAUUCUACAAUAAAUACAACCAGCCAUCCUUCGAUGAGGACGACUCGGACGUUGAGUCUAUGGCGCUAGACGAGACACUGGCUCAAAAAACGUCGUCUCUAUCGCUUUCUACAGAAGACACAACGCUCCCGCUGGUUACAGACCUAGACUAUAAGGAUGACAAAAAGCUUGUUGUUAUUGAUUUCGAGUACGCCGGACCAAAUUUGCCCGCAUACGACAUCACCAACCAUUUUUGUGAAUGGAUGGCAAACUACCACGCAAUCGAUAGCUACAAGCUCAGAGUUCACAGAUAUCCAACCCGAGAAGAAAGAAUAAACUUUCUGAACACCUACAUUAAUUAUGUUCCCGGAUCCUCAACCCCUAAUCUUGUCCCACAACCGGGUCGAUCGAGAUCUUCUGGCACACCCGCAUUUUUGACGCAACGGUCGUCUUCAGUUGUGAACCUGAAGGAAAGUGAACUUCCAGCUCGUGUGGUCGAACUUUACAAUGAGACGAUUAUCUGGAGGGCCACGAACUCGAUAUUCUGGGCCCUUUGGGGAGUCAUCACCAAGGGCUCUAUUUCUGGCGAAAAGCCAGCUCAUUUGAAGGCAACGUACGAGACCGGUCCAAAUGGUGAAGUUUACCGCGUCACCAUUGAAGACGACAUCGAUUUGGACGACGAAGCGGCAGUUGAGGAAAUUGGUGACGAUAACGACGAUAAUUUCGACUAUCUUCACUACUCAUUGGAAAAAGUCGGAAUGGUUAUGGGGGACCUUAUCCAACUUGGACUGGUUGCCAAGGAGGAAUUGGACCCAAGAUUUCACUCGCAAAUCAAAUACUUGGAUGCGGAAAUCCUGCAUAUUUGA